AUGGUUAUAAAGUGUUCCGUGUCAAAUGUGUGUCUAGAAUCACAUAACCUUGCUUUUGAGUGGUAUUGGGUAUUGGUUAUUGGUGCCUGCCCCACAUUUAUCAAUAUCUUAAACUACAAUAUGUCUCUUUUCGCAACAAGAUGUGUACGUCCUUUCUUUUUCCAUCAUUAUACAUUGGAGACAAGUAGUUUUGUCCAAAUACGAGGAUAUGCUGCGAGAAAGGGCACCAGGGAAAGGAAGAGAAAAGCCAAAGUUAAGUCUGUUGUCGAGAAAGUUGGUUUCAUACCCCACAAUCAAAGAGACAAAGAGAAGUUCUUAGCUAAUCGGAAGCAAAGAAAGGUAGACGAUUCUUGGAAAGGUGAUCCUACCGAUGAUGUGUAUGUAGCAAAGUACUUUAAAUGGAAAGUGUAUCCAUUUGGUGAAGCAGUACAAUGUCACAGGGAGACGCAUCAUCCAGAUAUGUAUAAUCAGCCUAAUGCAAACCUCCAUGUAUCAAUUGAACUUGAUAUGCAGGGUGAGAAAAAGACCAGAUUUUUGGAUAACUUCACAAGGAUAGUUGCGACACCACAUAGGUUUGAUCAUGGAGAAGAAAGAGCAGUGAUAGCUUUUUGUAAGGAUCCAGAUUUGCAACAAAGUGCCGUAGAAGCAGGAGCACAACUAUCUGGUGGCGUGGAACUGAUUAAGCAGAUACAAAAUGGACAAGUUUCACUUCAGGAUUUCAACUUCGUGGUAGCUCAUCCAGAAAUUUUACCAGAGUUAGUCGCAUUAAGAGGACUGAUGAAAAGAAAAUUCCCAAAUCCUAAAGCAGGAACAUUGGAUGUCGAUCUAGCGACUUUAGUGAAAAAGUUUAUGUAUGGUAUCAAUUACACAGCUGUAAAGGAUGAAUAUGAAAAAGAUUUCGGAAUAAUCGAGACUGUCAUUGGGACCUUGAACAUGGAUGCGAAACAUCUAGAGGAGAACUAUGUAGCUUUAAUAAAGGACGUGUACACAAUGAAACCAAGAAGAACAGGGGAGUUCUUUAGAAGGUGUCUAUUAUGGAGUCCGCCAUCACAAGAGAAACUGAAAGUGGACCAUGAAAGUUAUCUUGAUAUACCUAAAAAACAGGAGGUUGAAGAAGAUGAUGACAAAGACAGUAAAGAAGAUAGAAUAGCUCUAUAAUGUCUUCAUUUUAUAGGUAUUUUAAUUAUGAGUAAGAAGUUAUCACUAUAAUCGCUUUUGUAUUUCAAGUAAGCCAUUGUUAUUGGUUUCAUUAAAGUGAUGGUGAUAUUAAAG